CACUCACACCUUGCUGGUCAACUGCUGCCAUCUACCUACCCCCAGUUAGGACGAUGUCGCUGCCAGUGAAAGUGUAGUGCCAUUUUUAUCUGGGAUUUACUGACUCAUAUCCAGGAUUAAUCAACUGUCGGAAGCAACAGCAGUUACAGAACAGACACUCCAUUCAAAAGGAAUAAUUAUUCAGCUGCUAAAGUGUGCUAAGAAAAAAAGCCAAUGAAUGACUCAACCACAUUCUCGGUAACAGGCUUUCGCUAAAUGAGGAAAAACGCAGGAAGUCCGGGAUCGAGUUCCAAACAAUGGAAGGUGAGGAGGGAAUAACGUACCCUUAGGCACCCCCCUCGAAGGAACUGUGACUAGUGGCAGUCAUAGUAGGUGAAGGAGAAACACUCGUGGAAAACGUAGUAAGGGUCGUCCAUAGAUUCCCUUACGUGGAAAACGUAGUAAGGGUCGUCCACAGAUUCCCUUACGUGGAAAACGUAGUAAGGGUCGUCCAUAGAUUCCUUUGCGUGGAAAUCGUAGCAAGAGUCAUUCACAAAUCCCCUUACGAGUUUUCGAAUUCGUGAUUUAUAAAGAAAAGGUGACGUUGAUUGAGCAAGAGUGAAUCAUGAAGAGAUAGAGAUAGAAAGCGAGAAUCAUAAGAGAAAUAGAGAAAAAUAAAACGUGAAUUUUUGUUUGUUAGUGGGGCUGGCUGGUCACGUGAUUGAUUCCCCGACUCGCCAAGAAAAAGAGAGAGAGAGAGAGAGAGAGAGGGAAAGUAUUUCGUAAAAUUCGCAUGUGCUUAACCAAGAGGAGGACCAGCAAGCGCAAGACCAAAGCGACCACGAUGAAGAACAACAACGGACGCAGCCGCACCGGGAGCGGCAGCGGCAGCGGCAGGAGCGCCCGCAGCGGCCGCAGCGGUAGCGGCAGCGGCAGGAGCAGGACACACAGUGAUGCGGCUGCCCCCGGCAGCCGGCGGGACAGCAGCGUUCGGCUCGACACUCUGAAUCCUUACGAGGACGAAAGCGAUCACAUAUUCAAUCCGCAAAGGUCUGUGAUGGGAUUCAGUGGGUCCCUGCAGGGGGAGAGCAGUCAUGCCGCCCUUUUGGCCCGCCAGGACGCGGAGUUGCGCCUCCUGGACACGAUGCGUCGGGUCCUCAUCGCUAGGGCCAAGUGCGACAGAGACUACGCCGCCGCCCUCACCCAGCUGGCCCACACGGCUGCCAAAAUGGACGCCCCCGACAACGUCCUCGACGAUUCCGAUUUGCACAAGGCUUGGAGAAUGAUGGUAGACGGAGUCGAGGAAUGGAGCAAUAUCAUGAGACAGAAUGCCGACACCCUGGUCAUAGACACAGUGGAGAAGUUGGCUGCCCUCAUCACCGAAAAGAGAGCAUCCAGGAAGGUCUAUUACGAAGAGCACCAGAGGAUCACCAAUGAAGUCUCCAGAUUACAAGAAGCUGUGUUGAAGUCCAAGAACAAUUACGAGCAAGCCCUCGAGUUGUACAAAUCUUCCAAAUCCAAAUACGAAGACCAGUUUCUAAAAGGCAAGCCAGGACGCAAGCUGGACGAGCUCAAGGAGAGGUACCAGAAGGCCUGCAAGAAGUUGCACCAAGUCCACAACGACUACGUCUUGUUGCUGUGCGAAGCCGCGGAUUACGAGAGGGACUUCAGGACCGUGUUAUUACCGGGGCUCUUGGAAUACCAAGAGCGCGUUCAAGAGGACAUGAUCGACAAGUGGCGUUCUAUAUUGUCGGAGGUAUGCGAGCUGACAGACACGACCCAAGGGAGAUAUGCCCAGCUGCAGACGGAGGUGGCCACUUCUGUCACGGCCAUCUCGCCAAAGACAGAAUAUUCCACUUUUUCCGAGACCAACAAGAGCUUACCCCCUGACCCAGUGCCCUUCGAGUUCUGCCACGAGCUGCUCGGGGACGGCGUGGGGUCACUCCAGGCUGGUCAUCUGGCGGUCGACUCGCUGACCGUCGACUCCCUACGACUUCGCCUCAGCGACAUCGAACACAGGCUGAGGGAGGUCACCACUGAACUGAGGGAGAAACAGAACUUACUCAACCAACACGAGACGGAGGUGGCUAAUAUAAGAAAGAAUUCUCUACAAGAUACCAACAUAGCUUCUAGAUUACCUGUGCUGAAGAGAGCGAGCGACGUCCUCCGACGGGAGCUGAACGAACUCAGGUGUAGGGAAUCUUGGCUGCAGCACCAGUACUCUCUGAUCCACGACCCCCUGGCCUCCCUCGGGUGUGAGGAGGCUCCACAGCCAUGGGAGGCGGCCCAGGCUCAGGUCAAUGGAGACUCGGGCUUCAGAUCAAAGUCUUUGCUCUCUUUGAAUUUUGCGGGCAUAAGGUCUAAUUCCAUACUCGCUAUGAAUUUCCUGCAGCAUCAACGCUCGGACUCCCUCUCGCUCAAGUCCAAAUCUGCCGCCAUCAAGGAGCUACUCAGGAAGCCCUUCAGCCGGAGCAAGACGAGCGCCUCCCCGGCCUCCACGCCCCCGACCCCGACGCGGGAGAACACGGUGGAGCGAGCUACGGAGCCCGACAGGAACUCCCUGACGGAGAUGUCCUCCACCGACGUCCACUCGGACCUUAUGUCGCAGGCGAUCAAUGGCAUUCCCGAACUGAGUUACGACCCCGACCGCUGCCUGGAGGACGAGCCCUGGUUCCACGGAGUCCUGCCCAGAGAAGAGGUCGUGAGAUUGCUGGUCAACGAAGGCGACUACUUGGUCAGAGAGACGACUCGGAACGACGAGCAGCAGGUCGUCCUUUCCGUCUGCUGGGGAUCACAUAAACACUUCAUCGUCCAAACGACGCCUGAGGGUCACUAUAGGUUCGAAGGUCCAGCAUUUCCUACCAUUCAGGAGUUGAUUCUCCACCAACACGGAUGUUGUCUGCCUGUCACUAACAAAUCCGGAGCGAUAUUGAGGAACCCAAUAUUCAGAGAACGCUGGGAGCUCAACAAUGACGAUGUGGAGCUGAGAGAUAAAAUUGGAAGGGGCAACUUUGGCGACGUCUACAAAGCUCGCCUAAGAGAUUCAGGCCUCGAAGUGGCUGUGAAGACAUGUCGUGUCACUCUUCCGGACGAACAGAAAAAGAAGUUCUUACAAGAAGGACGCAUCUUGAAGCAAUACGAUCACCCCAACAUAGUCAAAUUCAUCGGAAUCUGCGUUCAGAAACAGCCCAUCAUGAUUGUCAUGGAACUUGUCCCCGGUGGUUCUCUUCUUAGCUUCGUCCGUAAUAACAAAGGGAAACUCACAGUGAAACAGAUGAUGGGAAUGUGUCUAGACACAGCCUCCGGGAUGGCGUAUCUCGAGUCCAAGAACUGUAUCCAUAGAGAUCUGGCGGCGAGGAACUGUCUAGUGGGUCAUCAGAACAUAGUAAAGAUAUCAGAUUUUGGCAUGUCCCGUGAAGAAGAAGAAUAUAUAGUGAGCGAUGGCAUGAAACAAAUUCCAAUUAAAUGGACAGCACCAGAAGCUCUUAAUUUUGGCAAAUACACUUCUCUGUGUGAUGUUUGGAGCUAUGGGGUGCUGUGCUGGGAGAUCUUCUCCUGUGGAGAGGUUCCAUACCAUGGGUACUCUAAUUCAAAAGCCAGAGAGAUGAUAGAUUCAGGAUAUAGAAUGUUUGCCCCUCCCAACACGCCAGAGGAGAUGUAUCAGCUGAUGCUGAAGUGUUGGGAAUAUGAACCCGAAAAGCGACCUCACUUCCAGGAGAUUUAUGAAUCUGUGGACACUAUAUAUGCGCCAUUAUAGUGAUAUUAUGUUUUAGGAGGUUGUUUUUAUUUUGAUGAGAGUUCUAGCACAAUUGUAUAGCCAUUAAUAAAUAUUUUAUACUGUGUAUAACUUGACUGGGAUACUUGAAGGUAUGAAAGGCUGCAAGGGAAUUGAAGUGACUGUAUUUAUCGGUUGUCCAGUCAGGCAAUUGCUGUGAAAGUUGUUUUAUGUUGUAUUUUAUACACACACAUUAUAUAUAUAUAUAUAUAUAUAUAUAUAUAUAUAUAUAUAUGUA